UUCAUUUUGUAGCUUUGGUCUCUCUCACAGACACACUCUCUUUGUUCUGUUCCUUCCUUCUAGAAUAUAAUAAAUCCACGAGAGAAGCCCGAAAAUCUUUCUAUUCUGGAGAGAAAAUUUGGAUGGUGAAAUUGGAGGGUUUUCCAGGAUCCCGAGGCCGAAUCUCGGUUCAAUUUACGGAGAGGGAGAGGAACAACAACACCCGUUAUUGUUGUUGUUGUUGAUUCUCGAAUCGUUUAGAGAGACCCAGAUAGGUAAAUAGCGUUUAGAGAGAGAAAGGUGAAGUGGGGUUGUGGAAAGUUUGGGUUUUUGGUGUGUUGUUGUGGUUGGCGGGUGUGAAAGGGAAAGAUGACGGAUGUAGUACUGUAUAUAUACGAUGUGACGAAUAGUGGAUCGGAGAAAACGAACAACACCAUUGUUCAGAUCAACAAGAUCUUCAAGGAUGGGAUUGGUCUCGGAGGCAUUUUCCACAGCGCCGUGCAGGUUUAUGGAGAGGAUGAAUGGUCAUUUGGAUUCUGUGAUCAAGGAACCGGAGUUUUUAGUUGCCCUUCUGGAAAGAAUCCAAUGUAUACAUUUCGUGAAUCCAUUGUUCUUGGGAAAACAAACUUUUCCAUUUUCAAGGUGAAUCAAAUAUUAAGAGAACUUAGUAGAGAGUGGCCAGGGAGUUCAUAUGAUCUGCUGGCCAAAAACUGCAAUCACUUCUGUGAUGAAUUCUGUGAAAGGCUUGAUGUACCAAAACUUCCAGGUUGGGUUAAUAGAUUUGCCAAUGCUGGUGAUACUGCUAUGGAAGUGGCUGGAAACACUGCAUUACGGUUCCGGCAAGCUAAAACCGAGAUUGUGUCAGCAAGCAAAGUAGCAUACAGGUUCCUCUUAGGUGUUACGAAUAAUGUUACAAAUAACGUUAAGAAUGGUCCCGAGUCCCCUAACAACAAUUCAAACAGAGGAGGGUCCCCUAGAUUUCAAACUGCUUGGUUGAAAAGUAUGAUCACUAAUGGUGCAAAACCAUCUACCAGUUCUGAAGCUGAGGAUCAGAAUGGAAUUACCCCUCUACAGCCUAAGCAAGAAGAUGAAAAAUCAAUGCUACAUAGUUCAUCUUCACACGAUAGUUGAAGGCUUAGAGUUAUGCUGUGUAAUGUAAUUUGUAAGAGUCAAAAAAAGUAAACAAAAUUUUACAUGCUAUUCAUUUCUGUAUCAAAUGUAAAAUUUCGUUCCUUUUUUCAACUCAAAUCAUGUGUUACUGAUGAACCACUUGUACUGUUUAGUUUGACCUUAAUUGAUGUUUGAUGUUCGUGAUGAUGAUA